AUGUCUUGGAAACCUGAUCCACAAGCAUUAGAACAAUUGAAACAUAUUUUCAAAGGGACUUUAUCAAAUAAUAAUCAAGAAAGACGAUUAGCCAAUGAAGCAUUAAUUCAAGCAAAACAACAACCAGAAAUUGAAAAUUAUUUAUUUACAUUAUUAAUUGAUGAUGAUGGUAUUGAUGGUAUUAAUAAUGAUGGAUCAUCAUCAUCAUCAUCAUCAUUAUUAUUAUUAAAUUCAAAAAAAAAUUCAACUCCAUCAGAUGUUCGAGCAGCAGCAGGAAUUAAUUUAAAAAAUAAUAUAUUAAACAAUAAAUCUAUAAUUGAUCGAACUUAUUUAAUGAAUAAUAUUAUGAAAGGAUUAAUAUCAUCAGAUUCAUUAGUAAGAAAUAUUACUGGGAAUGUUAUAACUUCAAUGUUUUCAAUUUAUGGAUUAAAUAAUUGGUCAUCAAUUUUAACUGAUUUAUUAAAUUUAAUUCAUCAACCACCUAUCAUUGAAAGUGAUAAUAAUAAUAAUAAUAACAAGAAUUAUAUCCCACAAGAAGCAGCCAUGAGUGCUUUAAGUAAAAUUUGUGAAGAUUCUUAUUUAGAAUUAGAUCGAGAAUUUCAAAAUAAUCGUCCAUUAAAUUAUUUAAUUAAAGAAUUUUUAAAAUUAAUUGAACAACAUCCAAAUAUUAAAAUUAAAUCUGGUGCAAUUCAUUGUAUAAAUCAAUUUAUUCCUUUAAAUACUCAAAGUUUUUUAAUUAAUUUAGAUGAUUAUCUUAAUAAAAUUUUUAAUUUAGCUAGUCAAGAUAAUCAUAAUCAUAAUCAUAAUCAUAAUCAUAAUCUUAAUCAACAAAAUAAAAAUAAUGAAAUUAGGAAAAAUAUUUGUACUUCAUUUUUAUUAAUUAUGGAAAAUAGACCAGAUAAAUUAAUACCUCAUUUAGAUGGAGUAAUUAAUUAUUGUUUACAUUUAAUUCAACAAGAUACUAAUAAUGAAGUUUCUUUAGAAGCUUGUGAAUUUAUGUUAGCAUUAGCUAAUAAUAAUAAUAAUAAUAAAUUUAAUAUUUUCACCCCUGAAAAAUUAAAAUUGAUUUUACCAAUAUUAUUAGAUAAAAUGGUUUAUUCAGAAGAAGAAAUUUUUCUUAUUGAAAUUGCUGAUUCUAAAGAUGAUGCUCAUAUUAUUGAUAAAGAUGAAGAUAUUAAACCCAUUAAUGCUAAAUCUAAAGAAACUAGAAAUGGUACUUUGCAUAAUUCAAAUUCAAAUUCAAAUUCAAAUUCAAAUUCAAAUUCAAAUUCAAAUUUUGAUGAGGAUGUCAAUACUAAUAAUAAUAAUAAUAAGAAUAAUAAUAAUGACGAUGAAGAAGAAGAAGAAGAUGAUGAUGAUGAUGACGACGAUGAUGACGAUGACGAUGAUGAUAUUGGUGAAUUGGAACAAUGGAGUUUAAGAAAAUGUGCUGCUGCCACUUUAGAUGUAUUAAGUGAAUCAUUACCUCAAGAAGUAUUAUUAGUGACUUUACCUAUUUUACAAGAAAAAAUUGUUUCACCAAAUUGGCCAAUACGUGAAGCAGCAAUUUUAGCAUUUGGAGCUAUGAGUAAUAGUUUUAUGAAAUUAGCUAGUAAUGAAUUACCUAAUUUAGUACCAUUUUUAGUUGAUCGUUUACAAGAUAAUGAACCAAGAGUUCGACAAAUUACAUGUUGGACAUUAUCAAGAUAUUCUACUUGGGUUAAUGAAGAAGCUCAUGAAGGAGGUCAAUAUGCCAAUUAUUUCCAACCAACAUUUCAAUCAAUUAUUACUUGUGGUUUAGAUUCAAAAAAAAUUGUUCAAGAAGCUGCAUGUUCAGCAUUAUCAUCAUUUAUUGAAGAAAGUAAUAAUAAUUUAAUUGAAUUUUAUUUAGAACCUUUAUUACAACAUUUUAGUAAAUGUUUCCAAAUUUAUCAACGGAAAAAUUUGAUGAUUUUAUAUGAUUGUGUUCAAACAUUUGUUGAAAAAAUUGGUUAUGAAAAUUUUUCUCAAAAUCCACAAUAUAUUGAAAUUUUAUUACCUCCUUUAUUAAAUAAAUGGCAACAAUUAAAUGAUGAUGAUAAUGAUCUUUGGCCAUUAUUAGAAUGUAUGGCAUCAAUUGCUGCUUCAUUAAAAAAUUUUUUCGCUCCAUUUGCAAUUCCAGUUUAUCAACGAGCAAUUAAAAUUUUAUCAAAUUGUAUAUUAUUAGAUCAAGAAUGUCAAACUAAUCCAUCAAUUGAUCCACCAGAAAAAGAUUUUAUGGUUACAUCAUUAGAUUUAAUUGAUGGAUUAAUUCAAGGAUUUGAAUAUAAUUCAAUUGAUUUAAUUAAUCAAAAUCAUAAAAUUAAUUUAAUUGAAUUAAUAUUAAUUUGUUUUGAAGAUUAUAAUAAUGAUGUUAGACAAUCAACUUAUGCAUUAUUAGGAGAUUUAGCCAUUUUCACUAUUGAUUUAUUAAAACCUUAUUUACAACAAAUUUUUAUAUCUAUUGGUAAUGAAAUCAAUCAAAGAACUUAUGAUACUUAUCCAGUUUAUAAUAAUGCUAUUUGGGCAUUAGGAGAAAUGAUUAUUAGAUUACCAAUAGAAGAAACUAAAUCAUAUCUUAAUAAUUUUGUUGAUUUAUUAAUUCCUAUUAUUAAUAAUAAUAAUAAUAAUAAUGAUAUUCAAUCAACAGUAAUAGAAAAUGUUGCUAUUUGUUUAGGUAGAAUGGGUAUUAAUGGAGCAGAAUUAAUUAAUGAAAAACUUGAUUUAUUUAUUGAAAAAUGGUGUGAAAAUUUUUUAUAUUUAAUUGAUAAUAAUGAAAAAGAAACUGGUUUUCAAGGAAUUAUUAAUAUGAUUAAUUUAAAUCCUAAUAAAGGUUUUGGUAAUUUAUCAACUCAAUAUGGUAAAAAAAAUUUAGCAAAAUUUUUAACUUGUAUUGGAAAUUAUCAAAAUAUUCCUAAUGAUUUACAAUUUUCAUUUAUUAAUUUAAUUAAUAAUUAUAAAUCUUUAUUAGGUAAUGAAAAUUGGAAUGAAAUUUUACAAUUUAUUGAUCCAGAAAUUAGAAAUCGAUUAAAUAGUAUAUAA